UUCCUUUAUCAUCGGUUUUUGGCUUCGUGUGUUUGGUUUUUUGGCUUCAUCCAUGGCUUCAUCGUCAUUCUGGUGGUUCCAUUGUUGUCGUGUUAGUGUGUUGUUCUGGUUCUGUGAUUUAUAACCCUGCUAUUGUAGCUUAUUUUUUCAGUGAAUUAUUAUUGGUGUGUUUUUCAUGGCUCUGA